GCACUUUUGCUUGUCCCCAAUUUCCCAGGCCGGGCAGGAUGAGCGGGAAUUUCCAAACAGAGAGGGAAAUAUUGGAAAUGUUUAUCGAAUCUUUUUGAAAAAUGAUGGGGUGUGUUCAGGCAAAAGUACAAGAAAUAUAAAAGGGCUAGUGUUACACUGAUAAUCUAUAGGAGUGGUUAAGUUUUUCGUUUGGUAUGUCUCGACUAACGCCACAAAGCAACGAAGAUGACAGUGAAUACAUUUUGGUGGCAAAACUCGAUAACGCUAGAAAUAUGACUACUCUACUCAAAGCGGUGCACUUUAAAGAGAGUGCCACCUGUUUUGUCAGUUCCAAUGGUAUUAAAGUGACUGUUGAAGAUGCCAAGUGUCUGCAAGCCAAUGCCUUCAUCCAGUCCGACAUAUUCCAGGAGUACAUCUUCAAGGAAGAAAGUGCAACUUUUCGAGUCAACUUGAAUGUGCUUUUGGAGUGCUUGAACAUCUUUGGUUUAUCUAAAGACUCUAGUUCUACCACAGCUUUGAAAAUGUGCUAUAAGGGUUAUGGAAACCCUUUGAUUUUGAUGCUAGAGGAGGGUGGAGUUCUGACAGACUGCAGUAUCCAAACCCAGGAACCAGAUGAAACUCUUGACUUUGACUUCAGUAGUUCUAAUGUCCUAAACAAAAUUAUAAUGAAGUCUGAGUGUUUGAGAGAAGCAUUCAAUGAGUUGGAUAUGACCAGUGAAGUUUUACAGAUACUAAUGUCUCCUGACAGCCCAUAUUUUAGACUCUCCACAUUUGGGCAUGCUGGCAGUACUCAUUCAGACUUCCCAAAGGAAUCAGACAUGGUGGAGUCCUUUGAGUGUGAACAAACCCAGACCAACAGGUACAAGAUUUUUGUGACCAUUUUUCCCAGGUACAAGAUAAAUUUGCUCAAGCCUUCAACCAAGGCUCUCCAGCUGUCAGCCAAAAUUUCAAUCCGAAUGGACGAGAGAGGCUUCCUAUCGCUUCAGUACAUGAUCAUCAACGAGGAAGCCCAGAUCUGUUUUGUUGAGUACCUGUGUGCUCCUGAUGAAGAAGUUGAUGAGGAAGAAAUGGACGAUGACAGAUAGUUAUGAAUAUAAUGUAAUUAUUUAUUGUAUAUUACUUGUACUAGCUAAUACAGAAAAUAAUCAAAAGGUUAGAUGUAAUAUUUUUUUAAAAGGUUCAUUCAAAAAUACUGAUGUGAUACAAUGUGCAAAGGAUGUAUGUUAUAUUAAAAUACAAUUGAAUAUCUCCAAUAAAUGAAAAACAUUUCUUGCA